AUGAACCCUUUGCAACAGAGCGACGGGGAAGACGGGGAUGAUAUCUCGGCUCCCGAACGAACGAAAGCUAUACUUAGCCAUGAGGAUGACCAGGACGAAGUCUUGGAGCCCGCAGAGGACGACCUGUUCUCAAAGUUAGCUGCUGCUCCGUCUAGCGUUGCUGGUUUGGUGACCGAAUGGCUCGCACUUGUGCAAGUGAACGGACCCGCUGCUGUUGCCGAUGUCCUCUCUCUCGUUGUUCGCCUCGCGCGCCCCAUCGGCUGCCCACCAUUGGCGGCUAUCACCCCGCAGAUGGUUGUUGCCAAUGACCCCUCUUCAUCCGUACUGAGAAUUAGCCAUUUAUUACGCGAAGAUGUUCCCGGUCCAGUGCCGACUGCGGGCAAGGAUUCUGUUUCGAAAAAGUUGCGCCGUGCUUACGAAGACUUUUGGCGGAGACUCACUGCUGAAUCAAGCAAAGUUGUUCUUUUUGACACAGACUGCUUCGACACUCUCAUCUCCUGGCUGGACGCUAUGACUACUGCGAAAUCUCGUGCGUUGAGGAUGGCAGCCUGUUUGGCAGCGUUUCGACUAGUUGACGGGCUCAUUGACUUUGGAGGGCGUCUGCGGAAAGAGCUAAGCAGUAUGCAGAGGCAGCUUGCGACCGAGAAAAGGAGAUGCGGUAUGGCUCCAAAACAGCCCCGUGCUGCGGGUCGUAAGAAGAGAUCGAAGAAAGGUGUAGACCUGCCAAUCGCUCUGUCCAAAAAAGGCAAGGAUCUGACUAGAAAGGUGGAUGAAAUGACAGCCCACAACAGUGAACUCAUUGCUUUGUCAAGCAAGGUUUUCGAUUCCAUUCUUGUCUUGAAAUAUCGCGAUGUUUCAGCAGAGAUCCGGCAGAUAUCGGUGACUGCACUUGGCUGUUGGAUUCUGUCAUGUCCUGACCACUUUCUGGACGAUAAACAUACAAAGUAUAUUGGCUGGUUACUGUCAGACAAGGAACCUGUGGUUCGCCGCUCCACGUUAGAAGUACUGUCGCGAAUGCUACGGAAAAAAGAUUUUUAUUCCAGCUUGGAAAUGUUUCUUCAACGGUUUUGUGAUCGUAUCACGGAAAUGGCUCGUGACAAGGACGACACUGUUGCAGUGGCAGCCAUUCGCUUGCUAACUACUCUCUCAGGCUUUGACAUAUUCGAUGAGAAUGUCAAGGUUUCGAUCUGCCACAUUGCUCUAAAGGAAUCACAGACCGAUGUCCGCAGGGCAGCUGGUGAGUUUCUUUCCCGGAUGAUCACGUCAACCACCUCGGAGAAGUCAUCGAGGAAGUGUGCAGAUAGUACAAGACGAGACUUAUUGAAGAAGAAACUGAAACCAGCAUCGGGAGAUGUCCAAAACCCUGCGUUGCUCGAAAUUCCGGCAUUGGACCGUUCCAUGGACGAUAUCCAGCAGUUGAUGGCUAAAUGCAGUGGAGUUGUUCGGGACAUUCGAGCUGUGGAUCAGGUAGUCGACGCUGUGUGGGACCACCUUCCUGCCUUGCGAUGCUGGGAAGCAUACAUGAAGCUUUUCAAGACAGAUAGAAAUAUGACCGGAGAGAGAAUACUUUCCACAACUACGCCCCAUGCCAAAGGAAAGGAAGGUAGUUCAGGCGGCGAGGAUCAUGCCCUAACUUGCGAGAUUCUUCUUGCUUCCGCACGCGAAGCCAGUGGGCAUGGAGAUCCUCAGCGUUCGAGCGUCGUGCAGCGCGGCGAGCGAGACAGCAUUGAAACACCAUGUACCAAGUUCUCAGCAGAAUUUCUUCCGGAAUUAUCUCAUCUUCUCGUACAGUUUCAGGCUGAUGUGAGAGCUUUGUGCGCAUUAGUACAACUGCCGAUGUUCUUCGAAAUGCAGUACUUGGAAAAAGAAGGAAUCGAAGUGCACCUGAAUGAUAUUCUUUCACGGCUUGUGGACCUGAUCUCUCGACAUACCGGUUCCUUAAGACUGGUGAAAAUUUGUGCGGAAACCUUGAAGUUUCUUUCGUCCGAUGGAAGUCCCUGCAAGAAUCUGGCUCAAACUACACUUCAAAGGGCAUGUUCAGCUGCCUCCAAGGAUUUGUCAAUCCAUGUCCGAGCCGAUAUAUCAGCUGCUGAACCACUGAGUAUCUCAGCCGGACUCUUGAGAGUCCGAGUGAUGAGUGAAUUAGCCGAACCAAACGUUUCCGUGUAUUCAUCGGCGGUGAAGGUGUUACAAUAUCAGAUUCAGAACAGCUCUACGUCUAAAUUGACUUCUGAUAUCACUACAGACGCUGUCCGGACGGGCUGUGCGGUGAUUGCAUGGUGCCUUGCCAAGAUUCGAGCUCGUCUGGAAUCCGACAAAAGUGACCAUGCCGACUAUGGCCUUGUGGAUGAUGCCGUGAAGGAUGCCCGUGAUCGUGGUGCGGAACUAAUUGACAUUCUUGCUCAAAUUUGUCACUCGAAUUCAUUUUCUAUUUCGUGCAGAAUGCUAUGCCUACAAGGGCUGCUAACUGCGUUGACUCUGUGUGCAGGAGUUGAAAGCUUUUACAAAUCAAAAGGGUUUUCACGGCCUGACUUUCUUGGUGCUCGAGAAGUAUCAAGGGACAUCGCGGAUGCAGUCAAAGUAUGUACACUAGCGAUUAUCGAAUUUGAGCUUGCUGCUGUGGAUAGUAAUUUGAUGAGGGAUUCCCAUGAUGGAAGCAAAGCACAUGGUCACCAACCCGAAAUGGAAGUCAGGGACUGCUUCGCUUCUCUGGUGCAGGCUUCGCUACAAUCUGCAUUGUCAGCAAAGAUUGCUCACCUGCCAAUGCUGGGACUCCUUGUCAGGGCGAAGAAACAUCUCUCCUCUGAUCCUAUACCGUACGAGUGGAGCUGCAUUCAACUCUGCAAGCGUUAUUGCCAGCAGCGCCAAGUGAAGAAAACUAUUCGCAUUGAGCAAGAAAGAAUGGCAUUACGCGAAGUUGCCGACAUCAAGACAGAACACCUCUUCCAGCCGGUACGUCGACUUACAGACAAUAUUCUGGCUUUACGGGAACCUGGAACGGGGAAAGAAGCAGCUGCCAGGGAUCUUCUGGAGUGUUUGAUUGGAUCAGUUGUCGCCUGUUAUGGUAAAGCUGAAGAUGUCUGUAAAGAAGUUCGAGUGCUCACAGAAGCAGGAUUUGCCAUACUGCCUCACCUUACUGUCAAUGACGCAAGAGUGCUUCUUCCAAUGCUACAACCGAUAACAGAUACAAUUCUAUCAGAUUACGUGAGGGAUGCUGGCGAAAUGGUUGCCAUACUCUCAAACUUUAUCAGCUGUUUGAAGUCUAGAGCCGCGAACGAAGUUCCGGACAUUCCUAAGUUACACAAACCCUUAUCCAGGGACACAAAUAUUCGGAGAAAGCAGAGCUCAAGGAGGCGGAAGAGAACUGCGGUUGAUGGCGCCGCAUACCAUUCCUCUUCUCACGUAGACCUAUCAAAUGUCCGGAGGUCGAAGAGAAGCAUGAAAAGACUUGACUACGCUCGCCUCUCCGGUUUAGAAGGAGAAGAAGACCUCGCUGAUGAUAGUGCCUCAGACCAAAUGGAAAGUGAUGGUGAAGGGAGUCAGAUUUCGAGGGAAAAUGUUGUUGAAUUGCAGAAGGCGUUAGCUAGGGGUGGAAAUGAUAUUCAGUUGUCUCCGCACUCAACGUCUGUAAAGAGCAAGUCUAAUCAACAGAAGGCGAAGCAAUUACCUUUUGAGGAAUCAAGCAGCACAGAGCAGAGAGGCGGUGUUGUCCCCUCGGACGAAACUUGGUCGUGUGUACCACACUCAUCACAAGUCCAUGCCGCUUCUCAUGCGAAGCAGGCGAAGGCCAGUAAGGCAAAACAUUGCAAACAACCAGUGGCCUCUCCUUUGAAGCAGCGACGACACAGUUCUCCUCGACAAGCAAAGGAGAGCCCUGGGAUUCCACUUGAGGCUGAUAUUGUUGUGAACGGCUCAAAAGAUACGGCGGAAGCGCCGAAGUGCCGCACACCCUCGGUUGCAGAUUCCAAAUCGGAUGCAGGAGCUGAAAGUCACAGGACUAUUGAACGCGUGUCGGAGUGUAUGUCGGCGCAUGAGUCGGAACGGCGUAGUGAGGCUUUCCAAAACGCUGAAGAGGAUAACCAGCGAACGUCAGGAGAUGCCUCCACCGAGAAAGAAAAGAGUUCAUCCUCAAAUGUCACCAAACAGAUUUCCGCUGCGAGACAGGAUUCUUCUACUCGCAUGAGGCGAAGCUCCGCCAGGACGCGGUCAAAGAUUGACGCACAAGUCUCUACCAAGCAGGUGGCAAAAUUGAAGCCUCCCAAACGCGGACUUCAGCAGGAGUGUUCCAGUGAGGACAAAGAGAACAUAGAAGACACUCGCACAUUGGCUGGCACUGCUAAGAAUUCCUCCCCGCGCCAACCCGUGGUGCGUCGUACUAAGCGAAGAAAACGGUGGUAGUCGAUUUAUUGUGUAGAUUCUGAAUGAACUCCGUUAAAGCUCUAUAGCUCGACUUACACGACCCGUGCGUU